GAUGGGAACCAUCUGAAAUACUUUGAAACUGAACUAUUUUGUAAUUGAAGGAACAAAGCCAUCCGCGUAACUCUCCCCCACUGGAUCUGGGAUUUUCCUCCAUGGAGCUGCUGGGCUGCACCCGAUUUUAAAGGAUUGUUACCGGGGUUUCUUUUAUUCCUCCACAUCUCUGCUUUGGCACCUUCCUGUAGCCCCCCCCCCUUCUGCACAGAUGUUAGUUCACACUUAUUCAGCCAUGGACCGUCCCGAUGGGCUGAAUGGGACCUCCACCGGCGGCCGCCUCUCCCAGCUCUCCUCCCUGAACCAGGCGGCUUAUUCUUCGGCUCCCCCGCUCUGCCACACACCGGCCUCGGACUUCCAGCCGCCCUACUUCCCGCCGCCCUACCCGCAGCCCCCCAUGCCCUACUCGCAGAGCCAGGAGGCCGGCUACCCGCACCUCGGGGACCCGUACAGCACCAUCAACCCCAUCCACCAGCACCAGCAGCCCGGCUGGCACUCGCAGCGGGCCCGACAGGAGGAAGCCGGGCUGCUCUCACAAACCCACCGGGCGCUGAGCCUGGAUCCCCGCCGGGACUACCCGGGGGUCCCCCGCCUGCUGCACGGGCUGGCCGAUGGGGGCCACGGGCUUGGAGACGGGCCGCUGGGCCUCCACGGACUCGGACAUCCCAGCCUCGAGGACAUCCAGGCUGUGGACGAUGCUGGGCUGAAUUUACUGGAUCAGUCGGUGAUCAAGAAAGUGCCCAUCCCCUCGAAGGCGAACGGCACCACCAUCUCUGCCCUGUCGAUGAACAAAGACAGUUUGAUUGGAGGGGUGACAAAUCCCAACGAGGUCUUCUGCUCCGUGCCUGGCCGGCUCUCCCUUCUCAGCUCCACCUCUAAGUACAAGGUGACCGUCGGGGAGGUGCAGAGAAGGCUUUCCCCACCAGAGUGUCUCAAUGCCUCUCUUCUCGGGGGAGUCCUCAGGAGGGCAAAAUCAAAAAAUGGUGGAAGGUGUUUAAGGGAAAGAUUAGAGAAAAUAGGCUUAAAUCUACCUGCAGGAAGGCGUAAAGCUGCCAAUGUCACUUUGCUGACGUCGUUGGUGGAAGGCGAAGCCGUUCACCUCGCCCGGGAUUUUGGUUAUGUGUGUGAAACGGAGUUCCCAGCGAAGGCAGCAGCGGAAUACCUGUGCCGUCAGCACUCCGAUCCCAGCGAACUCCACACCCGGAAAAACAUGCUUCUGGCUACCAAGCAAAUUUGUAAAGAGUUUGCAGACUUGAUGGCCCAGGAUCGUUCUCCGCUUGGGAACAGCCGCCCGUCUCUCAUCUUAGAGCCAGGUGUCCAAAGCUGCUUGACUCACUUCAGCCUGAUAACCCACGGCUUCGGGGGCCCAGCCAUCUGCGCAGCACUCACAGCCUUCCAGAACUACCUGGUGGAGUCCCUCAAGGGGUUGGAUAAAAUGUUCAUGAACAGCACAGGGAAUGGGCAUGCAGCCGGAGACUCUAAAGCGUCAGAGAAAGAAGCGAAGCAUCGGAAAUAACAUGCUGUCUCCCUACCCCUCCCCUGGGGGGAGCUCUUCCCAGCUCAUGAUAGGAGGUCUGAUCUUAUUGGUGUUGGAAAAAAAAUAUUAAGACCCAGUGCAACAUGUUUUCCGAUGUUUGAACUUGGGACGCAACUCUUAAAACAAACAAAUAAACAAGAAGAUUUAAAGAAUUUAAGAAGAAGAAGAAAAGAACCUUAAUGGACAUCACUGAGAUCGAGAGAAUAAGACAGGUUGAUGGCUUUUGUUUAUUUUAAUUGUGGAUGCAGGAAGCCAAGUCAUGUGCAAUUUUAUUUUGUUUUUUUAACCCACAACGAAAUACUGAAGUGCUCCAGGAGUCUGUUCAAACUGAAACACCGAAAAAUCAAUAGAGAGGAAAGGCCUCAGCCAUUCAAGAUGUUUUUGAAACUGAGGCAGAAGUAAGUCAGGUGGGAUUUUUUGUAUUGCGGGCAGAUCUGGAUGUAUAACCUGCCUUCAACAGGCAGCCAGGGAAUCUUCCAAUGAUGCCACCUACACAAUAGUCCUAUGCCCAAGACAAGAGGAAAAUCACCAGCGUUCCUGCCUUGAUUUUCAAGAGGUUUCAAGACUUUGUUUACAGUUUGCAACAAACUGACACUCACUACAGAUUUUCUCCAGGGCCUAUGGAACCCUGAGCCAUGUCAGGAGAACAAUCUUACACUCAGACUUCUUUCCAAGAUGGGAAUUGAUCAACGAGAACCUUCUGGAAUGUUACAUGCAAGCCAAUGGGGUCAAGCAGGUUAAGUUAUACCUGGGACUAAAUAAAACGCCACGAUCUACAAAAAACAGCACACAGGUUUCUAAAAUUAAUAAUAAUAAUAAUAAAGCACAAGGAGCAGAACUUGAACCAGGCCAAAUUGAACUGAACUGUUCUAAAUCUGUACAUAUUUAUUUAUGUGUAAUUAAAUCUGAAAGUUUUAAAAUGUCCAGUGCAAGUUAUUUAUAUCUAAUUGAA